CCCCCGAGGGCGGGGCUGGGCUGCCCUAACCAAUGAACACUAAGAGGGGAGGCGGGUUCGUAAGCGAGGGCGAGAUAGACAAGCUACACAGCCAGUAGAAGUGCAAGAUACGGCUGAGUGGCGGAGAAUUCCCCCAAUGGCUUGUCGCGGUCUGGAUCCCGAGGUCGGAGCGGACCAUUCAGAGGAGUGGGGCCGGGCCUGUCGGCCGCUUGUUGUUGUCGGGCCGGGGGAGGCGGAGGUCGCUGUUUCGUUCGCUGUCUAGUGCGAUCUGUGGCGGUCCGCGGCAGGUCAGUCGCAAAAGCAAGUGCUGCAGGGGGGCGAGGCUAUGUCGCGGCUGCAGCCCGUAUGGGCCGGCAGGGCCUGGAGUAACGGGACGUCGCCGCGAAGCUUCUUCCCCCGGAUACAGUGCGGCCCGAGUGGAGGCCGCGGCGCCGCCCUCCAGUCCUGAGGAGCCCUCGCCGCGCGCAGCCCGUGCCGUCGUCAUCUCAGCACCGACGCUAAGCAACCCGGCUAGCCUGGCUUGAUCUAGCCCAUUCCUGGCAGGUAGCACUUGCACUAGUCCCUCUGGCACGAGAAGCCCCCACGCAAAGGACAUGAAGCUACUGGAGAACUCCAGCUUUGAGGCCAUCAACUCGCAGUUGACGGUGGAGACUGGAGAUGCACAUAUUAUUGGCAGGAUUGAAAGCUACUCGUGUAAGAUGGCAGGAGAUGAUAAACACAUGUUCAAGCAGUUCUGCCAGGAGGGCCAGCCACAUGUGUUGGAGGCACUGUCCCCACCCCAGACUUCAGGCCUCAGUCCCAGCAGACUGAGCAAGAGCCAGGGUGGCGAGGAUGAAAGCCCUCUCAGUGACAAGUGCAGUCGCAAGACCCUCUUCUAUCUGAUUGCCACACUCAAUGAGUCCUUCAGGCCAGACUAUGACUUCAGCACAGCUAGAAGCCAUGAAUUCAGCCGGGAGCCCAGCCUUAGCUGGGUGGUAAAUGCUGUCAACUGCAGCCUGUUCUCAGCAGUUCGGGAAGACUUCAAGGCCCUGAAGCCGCAGCUGUGGAAUGCGGUGGAUGAGGAAAUCUGCUUAGCUGAAUGUGACAUCUACAGCUAUAACCCGGAUCUGGACUCAGACCCCUUUGGGGAAGAUGGGAGCCUCUGGUCAUUCAAUUAUUUCUUUUACAACAAGCGUCUUAAACGAAUUGUCUUCUUUAGCUGCCGCUCCAUCAGUGGCUCCACCUACACGCCCUCAGAGGCAGGCAACACACUGGACUUGGAACUGGGAGCAGAAGUUGAUGAAGAGAGUGGACGUGGAGGCAGUGAAGGCAGGGCAGAGGAGACCAGCACCAUGGAGGAAGACAGGGUUCCAGUGAUCUGUAUGUGAUGCGGAAAAGCGGAGGUCUCAGCUUCAUCCAGCUUCGACCAAUGCCUGAACUUGUCUAUCUACAGAGUUCCAGAGCCUCCCCAGAUGCUGGCUACACCCUGGCACUGCCACCAUCCUGGCGCUGCCCAAGGCUAUACCUGCCUAGCCCUUUGGUUUCAGCCUGUGGACGUCCACUUACCCCUGCAGGCUCUUAUUGCCCAUGCUGUGACUGGAUUAGACAGCACAGGGCCGGAUAGAAAGUGACUGCUCUGCACCGCCAGCCUGCCACGGACAGGACAGCUGGAUCACAGAGUUUAUUUUUGUAUUUCUUAUUGGGCCUGUACACUCCAGCUCUAAGGGCCAGAGACUUGAGGCCCUGUAAGCGGUGCCCAGUGUUUUAUGGGGUCUGGUCUUGGACCAGCCCCUGGUGCCCACUUUUGCCCCCCACCUUACCAGGUGGGCCACAUGCACUGAGUGUCACUUUGCUGCAGCUCAUUCAUUUCCAAUAAAAGUUUCUGUGACUUCGAA